AUGUCUAAACGUCAGAAAGCGAAAAAGAAGGCACUGAAGGCCAAGGAUGCCCAGAGAAAUGCCCGUGAUAUCCAAACACCCGCAUCUGGCUCCGAAUCCGAAUCACAACAAACUGGAUCCUCGAGAGCACAAGAGUUGAGAAAGGCUAGUCGAGAUAAAAAAGGCAAAGCCCCUGAACGGACAAGCUCUGAAUCUCCACAAGCCGAAUCCUCGAGAACACAAGAAUCGAGAAAGGCUGGUCGAGAUACAAAAGACAAAACUCCCGAACCAAGGAACCGAUAUGCUAGAAGUCCAACCCGUGCAGGUGACUUUGCCCCAAAUGCGAGUGAUUACAAGUCAGAUGGCGAAUCGGAUCUCGACAGCGAUUCUUCUGAUCAAGAUGGUCCCAUUGAAGACAAGCUACAGCCACUAAGUCGCUGGGUCAAGGAUGUCAUUCGAGGCGAGACAUCGAAAGAGUCAGAAAGAAUGGUUGAGGGGUUUUUUACGUCUGAAAACCCAUCGUACGACGAAUGUUUGGCAUUCUUUCGCAGACUAAACCAACACGUUCGAGGGGCCAACCAACGGCAUAAUGUCAUGGACCUUGAUACUGGUACUAUCCCCGAGACUGGCUACAAUGCCCUAUGCCGGGCUUUCCAGCAAGCAGCAAAGAGAGCAAUCGACAAUCGCUCCCCAGAGGAGUUCUGGGAGGCUUACAAUAAGACCUGUGAUCUUUUAACAAGGUUCAACAAACGAUAUUGUCUCCCUAGGCCCUGGAAUAUUAGUGAAGCGUGGGCCGAGAAUUUAAUUGGGUCGUCGAAUCCUAGGAUUAGGAUUGAGGAAGAUAUUAGCUCCACUUCUGAUAGCGGCAUUCAGGCUGGCGACAUCCAGGCUGGCGACAGCCAGACUGACGAGACCAGUGAAGAAUCUAGUGCCGAAUCAGACGUUGAUAUUGACAGUGAUCAUCAACCCACAGGACUUGAUGCUUUAGAAGUGAGAACCAAUAAACAGCAACGCCAAUUGAACUCAGCCAAAGUAUUGUAUUGGUGGCCCAAAGGCACUGGCUCUCAGAUAUUCGUGCGCUACGGAAGUAGGUCUACGCCGAUCUAUCGCAUUCGUGCUGGGUCACAUGAGAGCUACAACCCAAGUCAGGUAGAACGGGUUUUGACCAUGAUGACUCGCGGUACCGCUAAGGUAACCGGGAUUAAGAACGGGCUUCCAGAAGAGUUUUGGAAAUAUCAACGAAAAGACGUGGAAGACUUCGUUGGCAUCGGUUGGAAGGUCGAAGAAGACGAUGAGCAAGGGGUAAAUCCUCUCAACUUGCUCCUGCCCGCUAAAGAUAUAGUCUAUCCACAAACUCGGAUUCUUGUCAAAUGGAAAGACGGUCGUUUUACUCUAGAAGGGCGAUCCUUCAUCCGCCGUAUCACAACGGGCUCGGCUUUGGACGGUGAUAGGGUGAUAUAUCAAAAGGCUGAAGAGCUCGAGGAUUCUUACCGCAAAAAGCAUGGGUUGUAUGAUAUAGAAGAUGAUGAUAUCGAAGAUGAUGAUAUCGAUACCGAAAGCGACAUCUCAACUCAGUCAAAUCAGACUCGCAACAGAAGACACCGUAGCGAACCUGCUCGCUAUUCGAACACACGCAGCCAAAGCUCCAGGCACCGUAGCGAACCAGCUCACUAUUCGAACCCACGCAGCCAAAGCUCCAGGCACCGUAGCGAACCAGCUCACUAUUCGAACCCACGCAGCCAAAGCUCCAGGCACCGUAGCGAACCAGCUCACUAUUCGAACCCACGCAGCCAAAGCUCCAGGCACCGUAGCGAACCUGCUCGUUCCUCCAAUUCACACAGCCACAGCUCCAGGCACCAUAGCGAACCUGUUCGCUCCUCUCAUUCACGCCGCAAACAGACUCCAACCCAAGUUGAAGAAAGUACCGAUGAAGAUAGCGACGUCGUCCGCAAUGCACCCGCCAGUGAAAGGCCACGUAAAGUGCGAUGGAUACGUCGAUAG